AGUAACGUUCAAAAGUCAAAACGUAAAACCAAGGCGGCGUAUAAACUUCAAAUGCUCGUUUACCAGAGUAAUUAAAAUCUACUAUUUAUCUUUCACAUUAAAUUUAAUUAUCGAAAUUCAUCACAUCUUCAAUUCUCACAAGAAACUUCAUUCCUACUCUACACAAAUCUGAUUUUCUUCCUUACAAGAACAAUUAAUUCUUACACUCAAAUUAAUCAAUUUUCUGAAAUCUGAAUUUCUCAAGAACAAUACGAUAAUGGCAGCGAACAAAGGGGAAGAACCAGUGCUUGGAAUUCCGUACAAUGGAGGAAAUCAGAUGAUGUAUCAUCCGCAAACUCAACCUCAACCUCAAUUCUUCUAUGUCGGAGAAAAUCCUUAUCAAAAUGGUGCUAUUCCGCCAAACGCCAUUUUUGACGACCCAAAAGGUGUGCCGAUUCAUCAGACUUUUUAUAGAGAUACUCCUGCUCCUUUUUCCUGCGUCUAUUGCGGUCAUUCUUCCAUUACUUCGGUCAAAUCAAAGCCUAGUCUUGCAGCAGUUGUUGGUUGCAUGAUGCCAUUUAUGCUAGGAUUUUGCUUCCUUUGCCCUUCAAUGGAUUGCCUCUGGCAUAAAUAUCAUUACUGCCCUAAAUGCGGAGAAAAGGUUGCUGACUUUGAGAAAUCAGAUCCCUGCAUCGUGAUGGAUCCUCCUAAUUGGGUACAUAAGAGUUUUGCAUUAACCGGCUGAAGCUGAUACUAUUAUUGGUUAGUUUGUAUGAUGUUAAUUGUUAAGGCUUCUGUCUCCUUGCCAUACUGUAUCAAUAAUCAUGUUAAAUAUAUCCCAUGAGUGGGCUUAGUGAUUAAAGUUUAAGGUGUCAAGUGGUGAAAAUGUGUGCAAUGUAAUUGCAUGAGCACUACCAUUGAGUUUUAUACCAUUGAUCGUGUUAUAGAUUUUGUUAUUUUUGGUAUGACAUUUGCACAAAUGUCAUUGUAUGCAUUUUAAUUGUGGAUGAGGUUUUUAGUUAAUUUGAAGCCAAUAAGGCUCAGGAAAAUAUGAAAAAAGAGAUGUUUCAGUAGAAACGAAUCACUACUAUUAACCUGUCACUGAUAAUUUAGUUUUUUUUUUCACGUGAUUUGUAGCAUAUAGCUAGAAUGAUGUACACCUUAUCGACUUACCUGAUGCUGAAUGUUGGAUCAUGCAUAUGUUGAAACUAGAAAAUAAUGAACGCGAUACUUCAUUAGAUCUUAUAGCUGGAAAAGGAGUUCCAGCAUGAGUGAUCAAAGUCCACCAGGGUAGCCAAGAAUGACCUGCCUCCAAUUUCUCUCCAAGAGAUACUAUAAGCCAUUGGUAUAACCUUAUAAUACUUUCAUGUUUGACACGAAUUCUACAUCGUAUAUUAGAUGUCUUAUGCAUAGAAACUCUAGAGAGCUGGAGGCAAGUCAUCCUUGGCUUCCAGGAAAGGACUUUCUAUUCUCAUGCAGGGACUCUCUUCCUGUAAAAUAGCUGUUUGGAGUGCCUCAUUUUGGCUUAAAUUUAUACACCUUGCUUUUUGGACGGACUGCAUUUGUACAGAAUGACACGUUGUGCGUUAAUAUGAUUCUGGUCGUCUACCUUAUAAAUCAGAAUCCUCUACGAUUUGAAUGGAUGGAUUCUGAAUUAAUGAACCAGAUUCAUUUAUUUAUACAUGGCUGGAUAUGUAUACCUGUUUUCAUGUUGUUUGUGCCUGAUUACUGAUUAACCUACUCUCUGAACAUUUAAAAGCCUCAAAUAGAACAUGAAAGAUGAAUGAUGUGACUUCUGAAAAUAACUACUCUAGUCAAUUAUUUUUAGCAAGUGAAUGAUAUCUUCUUGUUAUGUCUAUGAUCUAAAAUAGAACGGAACUAAAGAUUGCUAGAUUUUUUUUUCAUAUAUUAAGACUUAGUUCCUCUAUCCAAUGAGUUUGAAUCAAAGAGAAAUAGAGUGUUUUUUAAGGAAAAUAUAGAAAGUUAUGAAAAUGUUAUAUUAAAUAAAGACAGAUAAUAAAUUGUGUGAAUGAUUUUAAAAAAGUGUUUAAAUGCGUGGAUGAGAUUAAAAGAAAGUUGUUUGGUAUAUUUUCAAUCUCCAAAUUAGAAAAUAAUGCAAAUGAGCGAAACAAUCCAAAAUGAAAAUUGAUGCAUUGAGCGGGACGAAGGGUGUAUGUGUAAUUUGCCAGACACUUUUGGCAUUUAAGUGUUAUUGUGGUCCUCACUUGCUAUCCCAACAAAGGGAGCUCGACACGUGAAAGUGUCUUAAAAUAAGCCUUUUGAUAUUAUGAGU